AAUAAAAAUGAAAAGAAAACGUCAACACUGACGUUUCCCAACAAAAUACACAUCGAACGAUUUGAAUGAAUUUUAAGCGACUUUUCGGAGUUGGUGAUACAAUAAAGUAAGGGCGAAAUCUAUCCGAAAAUAAACCCCAUACACCAAUCUCAUCCAUGGCUUCUCGUGUCGGACCAAUGGUAAUUGGUACGGAUGGGGCUGACUUUGAGCACCGUCAACGUGUGGCUGCACAUUACCAAAUCAGUGCCAUCAACAAAUCCCGACUGAAAUACUGCAUUUUCUUCCACUACUUGUUAUUCUUCGUCAUGUUAGCCAAACUGUCGGCCGACAUUCUCGACCGUUUAGAUAUAUUCAUAUUGGAAAUUGAAGAACUGGCCGUGCCACAGCCGUUAUGGUGGGAGUACAUUUGGUGCUUGUCGAUAUUUAUGUCAUUUGUUGGUCUGUCAGCAGCCAAAGGCAAUCGGAUGAAGGACAUGCACAAGUACAUGAUCGGAUUGGUUCUGUUCGGUAUUGCGCCGAUGUUCUACUGCUUUGUUUAUUACUUCGGAGAUGUGAUCGAUUACCUGACGCUGGAAGAAGGUGCCAACGUUGAGGACACGGACAUUGUAAUAUGGAAUGGUCUUCCUUAUGGUCUUCUUUGGUAUGCUUUCGUCAUGGUCGGAUUUCAGGUGCACGGGUUCUCGUUAUACUUCGCUUGGAAUUUAAUUACAGCGUGGCGAUCUCGAACGUCCACCCGGAAAGCACAAUAAUUUUACCGUAACUGGGUCUCUUAUCUAGAGAGCAAUAAACUGUCUCCUUUGUUUGUUUGUUUUUUUUUUUCGAUAAAAAUAUGAGUCAGCUGCACACGAUGUAACUUCGUAUGACCAAAUUAACAGUUAAGAAAUAGUUAAGACAAUUUGCUGAUCUUAAAUAUAUACCUUGAUGAACCCGACCGUCUCCUACCGAUAAAGACAAAUGGAUGCAAAAACAUUUUGUAAAUAAAAUUUUAUGAAAUUGCAAAAGAAGAGAAAAAAGAAAACAAAAUAUUUUUAGUAAAUGUUUCAGAGUGAUGAUAACCAGAUGGCGUUUGCGUCGUGACACUGCGCGCAACGCCAUCUGUUUUCGGAUCUCUCUGAGAGAUAUAAGUGUUCAAUGUAUCACUCUCUAUAUUAAUGAAAAUGGUAAAUUAUUUUAGUGCAGUGCGGUGCACAGCUAUUUUUAUCAUAGAAAAAAAGAAGAAAUAUUUUAAAAUAAAUUGUUAUCUAGUUGGUGUAAUAAAAUUAAAUGUCUAAAUUAUUAUUGAUAAUGUGUGUGCGUUGUCUACUUAUCGUUACAAUAAAAUCUUACAAGUUGUGGUA